GAGGCACAGACCAAAUUCCCACACUCCCGCUCCAUUUGCCUUGGGUGUUUUUUUCCAUCGGAGCAAGCUGCCGACAAGCACCGCUGCACCGCACCACCAAGCUCCAAGCAGAAGCAAAUCGCAAAAUCUCUGCAACUUCAUCUGAAGAUUGCAACCCCACGCACCCAGUGAAGUGGCGAACUGAGCGUGAGAGAAGAGGUGAGACCGCGAAUCGCCUGUUUUCGUUGAAUCGAAGCGACGAAGGCUACCUCGCUUCGCCGCCGCUGCCACUGCAUAGCUUUUCCAUUUUCGUCAGUUGUUACUGUGAGAUCGAAGAGGUGAGACCGCGAGAGAGAGAGAGCCCAGAAGUCUGCAAUUUCCUGCGAGACUGCGAGGUUUUUUCUAUUGGCCCAAAAAUGUGUAAUUUGCACACUUCUGAAAACAUGGGUAAAGAGGAGAGACCCCCUACCAGAAGAACAACUAGAUCCUCCUCUUCUUCUGCAAAUCCAAACAGUGCUGUUGAAACAACAAAGGCAAUUGAUCUUUGUCCUCUGACGCUCAAGGACCUUUUGUAUGGAGAAGAACCUUUUAGCCUGGAUGAUCUGUUAUCUAGUUUUCCUGCUAGGCAUCUUCAGAUUCUUGAGCUCUUGCGGCUUCUUGGUCCCCUGAAUUCCCCAAUGCUCCCCCUUUUUGUCUAUGGAGGUGCUUCUACUGGAAAAACUAGCAUAAUUCUUAAUACAUUCAGGCAUCUCAACCGACCAUUUGUUUAUUCAAGCUGUCUUACCUGUUACAAUCCUCGCAUUUUGUUUGAAUCUAUAUUGAACCGGUUGUUGCUUCAUAGGAAGAAUGCUGACAAUGGUUAUUUGAGUGCAAAACGAUGUGAAAAGCCAUCUGAUUUUGUUGGCCAUCUUCGAGAUGGCUUGAUUAAUGUUGUUGAUAAUCUCAAAAAGAACUCUGGGAAACCAAAUGCAAAUAAGUUGACUGGACAAGCUACUGGAAAGAUGAUUUACUUGAUAUUUGACAAUUUGGAGCUUGUUAGAGAUUGGGAUAAAAGUUCUAACGUAUUACCUUUUCUGUUCAAGCUCUAUGAUAUUCUAAAAAUGCCUGAAGUGGGUCUAAUUUUUAUCAGCAAUACCUCACCUGAUACCUACUACUCAAAUACAGGCUACACAGAGCCCAUUCCUGUUCUUUUUCAUGAUUACACAGAAGAUGAUCUUCUUCAAAUCUUCAUGAGAAACCAAGCAAAUCCAAAACUUUAUCGCUGUUUUCUCGAUGUUGUAUUGGGGCCUUUUUGUAGAAUUACUAGACAGAUUGAUGAAUUAGCUACUGCCUUUGCAUCAUUAUUUAAAAUAUAUUGUGAACCUUUGGAUGAUAUUGGAUACAUUCUCAAUGAAGACAUGAAGAGAAGGUUGUUUAGUCAUAUUCAACCACAUAUUCCUCCUUUUCUGAAUGAAAUAUUUAGGGUUCCAUGUCAGUCUUCCCUUGAAGUUGAAGCCAACAAAGAAAAAACCAAGCGGAGAGGCAUUACAAGGAAACAAGGUGGUUGUGAGGCUUUUGAUGACAUGGAUUUCCAUAUGUCUAUUUCUGCUAAGUAUCUUCUUAUAUCAGCAUUCCUUGCUUCAAGAAAUCCAGCCACUCUUGAUGCAUCGAUGUUUGAUUCAACUGGGGGUUCUGAUAAUAGAAAAAGAAAGAGGAAGAAUUCUAAAAAAUCAAUGGAACAGAAGGAAACUGCAGAGCAAGAAUUGCUCAUGAAAGGACCUGGAACUUUCCCAUUGGAAAGGUUACUGGCCAUAUUUCAGUGUAUCACAUCUGUGAUGGAUGGUUCUUCAUUUGAUGAAGAAGAGCAGGGACAUGAUGGAAUUUGUGCUGAAGGUGGGGAUAGUGGACUUAUGUCUGAUGUUCUCUUGCAACUAUCCAGUCUAUGCAAUGCUAAUUUUGUCAGCAAGGGAGGAAGCUGCCCAUUGGAUGGGUCAACUCGUUAUCGAUGUACAGUGAGUGAAGAUAUGGCAUUGAAGGUAGCAAGGAGCCUAAAAUUCCCUCUAUCCAAGUACUUAUACAGAAGAUAAUCUUAUUCAUUGAUGUACCAAAAUGAAUGUUGAAAAAUGUUGUAUCAGCUAUGGGUCUGAAGUGGCGUACUGUUGUUGCAGCAAGCCGAGGUUUUCUUACUUCUGGGCAAAUGUAAUUGUCACUGGCAUUCAUGUGGAUCCACUCAUCACACCAACUCCUGCUUGGGCAGUGUGACAGAUCUUUAUACUGAAUUGCUGGUUGAUAUGGAGCUGAAGAUAUAGCUGGAUGUUGUCUGGAAGAACAGGCAUACCUGGUCUAGGUUUAUUUUUUCAUAGGAUAUGCAGCGACGGAAAGCUAGCAGCAGCAGUUCCCGUCAAUCCUUCUCCCAAGUCCCUUGCAGUAUGAAGUAAGCAUGCAUAUCAAGAGCAUUUAUGUGAGGAGGGAAUUAUAAACUGCUGGAGAUUUUUGUUGGAUCGGUCUGAUUCCUCUGCAGGCAUGCAUGUUCACUUGGAGAAUAGAUUUCUUGUAAUUGAUAUUUUAGACUAGACUAGCAAUUUUAUAUUUGUUAGAUAUGACUUCUGGUACUUGUGUUGUUGUUUGUUUUUUUUAAUACCCCUAUAUAAUUAGAAGGCUCCCCAGCCUCAAAUUCCUUUUUCUAAA